GUAAUUUUAGAUUGACAGCACUUAGCUUUCUAUUAGGUGUUUAAUUUUACCAGGCAUCUACAUAGCUAUUUGGCUGUCGGGAGCUUAGGGGCUAGGGCCCGCAGACGACACAGCGUUAUCAUCAUGAGCUUAUUGCAUAGGAAGUGUAGGCACUUCCGGUAUAACUUUUUUUUAGCGCAGGCACUGUAGACAUGGUCGACGCUGCGGUUCGUCGGCUCCUCAGCGGGGUGGCAAUCCUGCUGGUAGCCGCAUGUGUUGGGCAUUUCUGGCUGGGCAAGUCCUUUGCCGCGAAAGUAUGGGAUGACGCGUGCCAGGCUGGGGCACUUGUAUUCGUGCUGAAGUUCGGCGAAAGCCGGAGUACAGCCACCACGUCAACAGAGGCAAUUCUCAGCACGGCGCUGGGCGCCUCGUUUGGCGCGCUGAGCGCCUGGCUGAGUGCCUGCAAUGCCAUCCUGCUGUUGGUGGCUGUCUCCAUGCUACUCAUCCACCAUCCCUGCCCCAGCAAAGCGCUGGCGGCGGAAAAGCUGAAGGCACUGGGGGCCGCUGCCGCUGCUGACGGCGGUCAGUACCUGCCCUCCGUCGGCUUCUGGCAGCUGCUGCUCUCCACCUUUUGGUUUGUGCACCGCGCCGCUGCCGGCUGCGGGCUGCUGGGCUGCCUCUCCGCGGCGUUGUGCCACGUGGCGCUGCUGGUGGCGGCCACCGAGCUGGUGGCCUGGCUGCCGGGAAGGGGAGCAGGAGGGGGAGGGGGAGGGGGACAGGUCGGGGGGCUGCAGCAGGGCGGAGGCAGCGGGGCCAGCAGCGCCAGAGGCGAGGAGGUGGGAGCAGCAGCAACAGGAGCGGGAACAGUAGGGUCGACGGCAGCAGCAGCAGCAGGCGGGGCUGAGGCUGCAGUGGUGGAGGGAGGCUCGCCUUCGGACUGGGGGAGCUCCCCCAUCUCUCCUGCUGCCGCCGGUGCGGCGGUUGGUGCGGCGGCGGCUGCUGGCGGGUUCCUGCGUUGCUCUAGCAGCAGUGCGGCGAUGGGACAGGCGCUGCUGGCAGACAGCAGCCACCUCCUCUCCGCCUCCGCUACCGGCUUCCGGCCCCACCAGCCCUCCUCCUGCGCGCCCCCAGCCGCCCUGCGCCGCUCCUCCUCCGCCGCUGCCACCGCUGCCGCCUCCAUGCAUGGCAGCAGCACCACGCACGACACCCCGGCUGCCGCAUCCCUUGCGUCAUCCUUUGCUGCUGCGGCUGCUGCUGCCAUGGGGGCUGGGUGCGGCUCCCAACCGCCUCCGCAACCGCCGCUGCCGGCUGCAGUUGCUGCUGCUGCUGGUGCUGCUGCUGUCGGCCGGCUGUCCCUUGACCAGCGGUUCGGCCUGCACCACCAACGCCUCUUAAACCCGCACCGCCUGCACCGGCAGCAGCAGCAGCAGCAACACCACCACCCGCUAUCGGGAGCGGGAGCGGGAGCAGCAGUGUCAGCAGCGGGGGUGCGGAAGAGCGCCAGCCCGGAGCCGUGUGUGGGCGUAGCGGUGGCGGCAGCGGUGGUAGCAGCGGUGGCAGCGGAGGUCGAGGGCGCUCAGGGGGCGGUGGGGUUGGGGGCGGAAUCACGCAUCAGCGGUGUGGCGCCGGUGCUGGUGCAUGAGGUUUGCGACGGGGAAAGGCCGGGAGAGGCGGAUGUGGGAGGAAGAGGAGGGGCGGAGGAGGAGGAGGAGGGCUUACCACAUGCGGAGGACAGCUCCGAGGCGGCCGCAGUGGCGGGCAUCUACUCUGUCUGCAGCCUCCCUUCCCAUCCCCAGCAAACAGAUCAACAGCAGGAGCAGCCGGUGAUGAUGGCGAUGCUGCAGGGCUCAGGAUGGGGGCCAGGGCAGCCACACCUGAUGCCGCUAGAGCACCACCAUCAGCCCGAGCCGCCCCUGCCAACGCGGCCUCCUCCCGGUCCCAGACCCCAUCAUCAUCAUCAGCCGCCGGGUCAGGAGCCCCUCGUCCGGCACCACCGGGUGACGGGCAGCACACACGACUACAUCCUGCUGGCCUCCACGCUACCGGGGGCGGCGGGGUACGGCAGCGGGUACGAUGAAGACGACGAGUACGACAGUGACGUGUACGAUGAUGAGGACGAUGAUGAGGAGGAGGAUGGGGGUGUUGGUUGCGAUGAUGGGUAUGAUAGCGAUGGCUGCUUUUCGCUGGCUCUUGCGGAGGGAGGGGUCAGCAGUAAUAACAACAAUACGAGUCACGCCGCAGCGGUCGUCACGGGCGGAACUAUUACGACUGCCGCCGCCCCUGCUGCUGCUGCUGCUGCUACAGCUGCUCCUGCAUGGGGCGGUGCUGAUGCCGGGGUAAGCAAGGAGGACGGCUGCCGGAACAGCGGGGCGGGUGCGGCGGGUGUGCGAGCGGAAGCGCUGGAGGUCAGCACCGCCGUCGCCGUGGCGAUGCAGGAGCUGGCGGCGGAGAGCUUGUCCUCGAGCUAUCCGUACGGCAGCGCGGGUACGACAGGGGCCGCCGCCGGACUGGCGGCUGCGGUUGCGGCAGCGGCAGCAGCAGGAGGAGCAGGAGGCGGCCGAGGAGAACGGGGGGCGUCAGUGCAGGGGGGUGGUAUGCAGGGUGCCAGCGGCACUACCUCUGUUCGAGGGGGUGUCUUAAUGGCGUUGCCUAACUGCCCCUCCAUGCGGUGUGCUGCUGCUGGUGGUGGUGGUGUCGCGGACGAUGGCGAUCAGGAGGAGGGUGCUGUUGCUAUUGGUGCUGCUGCUUUGCAGCACGCGCUGCGAGCAUGCGAUAACGGUGACGAGGACGAUGAUGAGUAUACCGAUGAGGAGGAGGAGGAGGAGGAGGAGGAAGCAUGCUUGGUUGUGCAUGGCGACGAAGCGGAGGAGGAGGACCUUAUGUCGCUGGGAGAGGUGGAGGCGGCAGCAACGGCUGCAGCAGGAGCAGCCGUUGAUCCCGUGGGCACGACAACCGCUGCCGCCUCCGUUGCGGAAUGUACGACACCCACCCGGGCUAGAAGAACUGCCACCGCUGCUUUUGCCGCAAGCACAGCACCAGCAGCGACGGUGGGCCUUCAGGUCAUGGGCGCUGCUGCAGCUGGUGGCGGCGGCGGCAUGCAGCAGCAGCGUCAGCAACUGCUGCUGGACGGCUUUGUCGCCCCCGAGGACUCCUGCAUGGCCUGCUGGCCGCACAGCCCCGGUCCCGCUGCGGGCCUCACCCGCCACCCCUCUCAGCAGCUGCCGGCCCCCCUCCUGCAGCAGCAGCAGCACCUGCAUGACCCGCGGGGCGCCUGGGAGCAGGCACAUCGCGGUUGGGAGGGGGGCUGCUCGGGAGGAGGAGAUGGAGGCGGAGUGGUGGUUCCUCUGCAGGAGGACACCCUGGCGCGCCACACCGCCGCCUCCUACCUCCUGCAGGAGCAGCAGCAACUGCUGGCGCUGCUGCAAACUGGACACGCUGCUGCUGCUGCUGCGGAGGCCUCCGGCGCACCCGAACCCGCAUACGCCCCAGCUGCGCGGGCCUCCGCAGCAGCAGCAGCAGCGUACGCCCCAGCUGCGCGGGAUUUGUGGGGCCCUGCAGGAGGCGGCGCCGGCGGAAUGCAUGCGGCAGCCGGUGCUGGCACAGCAUCCCUCCCAGCGGAGCUACUGUUGCUGCGGGGCGCUGCUGCUGCUGCUGCACCCGCCUCGCCCUCCCCUGCACUGGACCUGCUAGACUGCUUCCUGCGUGACUCUGUCAUGCUGGCCAGCGGAGGGUACGGCAGGAUUGAAGAGUACGACAUGACGUACGAGUACGGAGCUGAUGCGGCAGCAGCAGCUGCAUCAGUGGUGGGGGCGGUGGAGGGUGAGAGCAGCAUGGGCUGCUGUGCGGUGCGGGCGGAGUGCAGGCUGGCGGACCAGCAGUACUACCCGCAGCAAUACCGCAGCAGCAAACAGCAGAAGCAGCAACGGCAGCAGCGGCAGCGAAGGCUGUCUGCGGGGCAGUUGCUGGCGCGUGCGGUGUACGGAGGUGCGCAACCGCAUACGGCGCCGCUGCCGGAUCCAAAUCUGUCGUACCCGCAUGAGCACCAUCCGCCGCCCCCGCCGCAGCAGCAGCAGCAACUGAAGCAUGAGCCAUACCAGCCUCCCCACUGCUAUGGCGAGUACCACGAGCAGCUGCAGCAGCUACAACAGCAGCUACAGGAGCAGCAGAGGAGCAGCCGGCAGCUUGCUGGGGGGCUUGAGGGGGCAGACAGGCUACGAGACCCUAGUGCAGGGGCCCAUGCUCUGGGCGGUCGGGGGGAGACGACGAGGCUGGAGACAGCGACAGAGUCCGGAGGCGCUACCCAUGAGGCUGCUGCAGCAACCGCGUUUGUGCACGAUGGCAGUCAGUGGCAGUGCAUGACAGGUGACGGUCGUGCUGAUGACCCAUGGGUCAUGAAGGCUUCAAUUGCAGGUAGGCACGUGUCGGCGCGGGUUUGCCCGCAGCCCCUGAAGAACCGCUAUGCGGCGGUUGAGGAUCGGUUGCGGCAUGCGGCGACGGAUGAUGAUGGUGCGGAAGGAGAUGCAAUGGACGGGCCCUACGUGACGUCGGCGAACGCUGUUGCAGAGCGCGACAUGACAGCGGGAAGGGCAGCGGCUCUGGGGCCGCACCCUGGCCCGAUGCUGGUAGUGGGUCGGGGAGUAGUAGGAGAAGCAGGAGCAGCGCGGGGGCUGGCGGCCAGCAGCAGCAGCAGGGGCGCGGGGUAUGAGGCAGCGGCUCAGGACUGCUGCAGGUGGGAAGACGAGGAGACGUUUGGGCUGGAGGAUGAUUUCAGCUGCGGCGGGAAGGACAGCCCUUCGCAGCUGCGUCCCUCCCCAACCUCGCGACUGCAGUCCCCACGCGGCGUUCAAGGGGGCCUUCAUGAGCAGCACCCGCUGCACCAACUGCAGUUCUACCGCCUUGAGCAGCAGCGGCAGCAGCAGCAACAGCAGCGGCAACAGCCGGCUGCUGCCCCGGGCUUGCGGCGGCUCACGGACGGGGGCGUCACGGGGGCAGCUGCCCAGUCGCCGCCCGCAGCCUCCAGUCCGCUGCAGAUCGCCGCGGACCGCCCUGCAGCGGGUGGCGGCGGCGGCGGCGGCGGCGGGGGUCGUGGGAGCGCCGGCGGAAGCCUUCCAGACAGAGCCGCCACCGCCGCGGGGGCGUCAGCGUCUCUCGCCGCUGCAGCCACGUCGUGUGGGAGCGGUACGCUUGUGCAACCGUUUGUGGCGGUUGGUACGUUGUACCGCUCGUUGUCGUUGCAGCACCGGCCCACAUACGGCUCGCAGCGGCGCUCAUUCGACACGCGAAUCAGUCGCAUGGGCAGCAUUGCCAGGGUGCAGCACCCGCCGGGGGCAGCAGCGGUGGCGGCGGCUGGGGUGGAGGUGGAGAUGGCGACGGGGCUACCCCUCACGCCCCGGACAAUGCCGUCGGCUUCACCGCAGACGUCGCCACCACAGCUGCUGCCGGCGAGCGAGGGUUGCGGCGCAACCGGGGGAGGAGCACUCUCCUCCGCAACCCCCUCGUGCCUCACAUCUCCGAGGCCAGAGCUGCCGCAGCCGCCUCACCUGCCGGCGCAGUCCUUGUCACCUUUUGCCAGGCACGCCGCAGCGGCAGCUGCUGCCGUUGCCGCCGCCACAGCUGCCGAGGAUGCUGCAUCGCCACAUCAUCUCGCCGACAAGCUGCGACAGAGCAGCUCCGCUCCCAAAGCAGGGACGCAGUUGCCGCCGCUGGCGACGACGGCGGCUAUGGGCGCCCUGGGUCUGACGUCAGCAUGCGCUGCUGCUGCUGCUGCUACAGCGGCGGCACCCUCGGACCCUCCGCUCGAGCUGCUGCCCGCUGCGUCCGGUUCGACCAGCCUUGCAACGCGUCUGACACUGCCCUCGGACGGCUGCGGCAUGCGGCUGUGCAGCGGUGGUGGGGGCAUCACGAGUCCGCCGACCCAUGGGUCAUGGGGCCGGGCGUCCAGCAGCGAUGAGGAAGGCGGAGAGCUGCCGACGGCUGGCUCUGCUGUUGCGGAAGCGAAACGUCAGCCGUCGCUGCGCGGUUAGCCUGGCUGCUUGCUAUUGUGAGAAAGGGAACCGAAGACGAACAAGAGGAUCAGGGACUGAGAUUACCGUUGGCCGCGCUGUCGUUCGUACGGACACCUAGUUGCGUUGGCUUGAGGCGCCCCAGCGGCUGAUGAGAGCCUCGUGACGUUUCCCUUGGCGAGGUCCGUUGCUGCGGCCUUGCAUGUGCACAUCACCGGAAGCGUAAGGUUUUGGGUGGGGUGGGGUGAGCAACCGUCCAGCAUUGACGGGAGGAUAUAGAUGUACCGGUAUCGUACUACUAAUUGUUCGUUGGGGGGUUUUAGGCGUCCUUUUUGUUAUGAAGCCAGACGGUGUGGUGCCACACCUGCUGUCACACGCUUAGCUGGCACAUGUUAGCAGGUAGCAGGAGCUACUACUAGCAGCGCCGUAGGGCCUGGUAGAUGUUGUAGGGGAUGCAGCACAUCCAGACAGUCGGCACCAGUUUGCUGCAUCUGCAAGCGUACGGGCUUAUUUUGAUCCGGGUUGCGGUUCUUGUAUUUGUGCCGCCAACUUCGGCGACUGAACUCCCAGGAUGUGGAAGGGUGCCAACAGCCCACGUGUCCAAAGGCACUGCUCAUCAAGUGUCCGUACUUCUGCCUGGGGUUGACGUGUAUUGCGUGCGGCCAGGGGGUGUGGACAGGCUUGGGGGCACCGGGAGGGAGGCGAGCGCCUGUAGGGGGGGCUGGGAUCACCCGUGAGAGGGCGCCCUACUCACGUCGUGUCUUGACUUAGCUCCGCUGCUGAGCUACCCGGCUCUGUGGGAGCCCCUAACAGCGGCGUCAGAAGACGGAGGCAUGCCGCCGGUGUGGGGCCGCACUGUUGUGGGUCUGCGCCCCCCGCAUCACCUAGCGCGCUGGUUCUGCUAUAGCUUAGGUCUUCGGUAUGCGUGUAGCGCUUGCUAGUAGUGGUGCGGCUUGUACUUGUUAGGGGUGUCGCCUGCGGUUGAAUGUGUGCCUGCCCAGGAAGUGUGCGGGGUAGGUCUUAGCCCUGCCCGAGAGCACGUCAGCUGCGUGCCCCGGUGCGCUGAUGAGUUGCGGUCUUGUGGCGCCUGGUGCCGCCGUGGGGCUGAGCUGCGCUGAGCUGCACUGCCGCCGCCAGGAGCCCUUGUCCUUGCUGAGCUCCUGAUUGUCCUGAUUGUGUGCUGUGUCUGUGUUGUCGUGCCUGCGAGUGGCAGUAGGCUGCCCUGCCAGUCCUGGGCGUCGCGUGUGUUUGUGUGCAGGCGGUUCUUGUUCCUCAGGGAGAGUCAGGCGUCGCCGUUGUGCACAAACCAUUGCGGAAAUUAGCCCUACUUUCUUGAUAUGCGUUGUGAAGGAGGCAGUAUAGGCGUAGGAAGGCAGGCAAUUCAGGAGCUAUGUGCGGGCGGGAAGGCCGGUGCGGUUGAUUGGAAAACCUUGCGCCGGAAUGCUCAGGGAGUUGCUAGCUGAGAUAGCUGAGCGCCGUUCUCCUUUGUCGUGUGCGUGUGCGAGUUAGGUGCGGUAGAUCAGCGGCGGCUGCAAGGUAGGCAUCCUGUCUUCGGUAGCGUAGGAGGCCUUACGUCUUGAUGGGCGGGAACGCGGGAUAUGUGUGCGUGGGGAGCAGGUGGCUUGCAGGCCCGCUGCGCUGCGCUGCUGCACGUGCUCGGGUUUUAUACGGUACAUGAAGCGGUGCCGCUAGCAGUGCAGCAACUGCGGCCGCUAGCAUUAGCUGGUGGUGGUGUGGAGCAAUCUCCACGCGUGCGUUGUUUGGUGGCGUGAAGGCCGUUGUUGCGGGUGUGGUGCGAAUGCUGCUGAAGAGUUUAGGGCACAGUGGAGGCCUAGAGUGUAGGGUCGCGCGUGUGUGUUGGGCCGUGUUGGGCCAGUAUGAUCCUGCAGCCAUGAAGGACGGAGAGGCAGAGCGUGCGGGCGCGCGUGUGCGCGAUGGUAGUGGCGCGGAUGAGGUUGGGAGAGGUGUCAUGCGAGGACUGGGCUGGGUGGGCAGGAGGUACUUGGAAGCCGGAGACGGCCGCGAGCACUGAUGCGGGUUAUAGGCGGGCUAUACUUGGAACGCGUAUGGAUUACUUGUUGUUGAUCACUUGAUAUUGUCGUGCGAGCGUUGGACAGGCGGUAACAGGGCUCAUGCGGCGUGUAUUUAUAGCGGAGGUCCGGUCGUGCCAUAUGCCGAAAUGCGGCCAGCGAGGACUUACAUGUAAAGGUCACGG